AUGUUUAACUCCCUCGAGUGUACCUUCCGCGUUGUCUCGCCAAGUGUCGUCUGUUUCAGAGUUUGCCUUCCUGUCACCAGAGUUUGCCUCAAAAGUCAACAAAACUAUGGGUGACGUCAACAACACAGAAGCGGUGGCCGUGGACGCCACGCCAGCCUACGCUCCGACAACCACCACAGCUAGCAUGGUUUCUGCGCCUGCUAUCAACGUGGAAUACAUCCAGAGUUUGUCUGGAAUCUUAAAAAUUCUACAGCUGUUCCUAGGUUUCAUCGCUUGGGUAUGUAUCGCAGCAUCAGGUUACUGUUGCGGGGAAGAAUUCGUCAUGUUCGUGGAAGUGACCGCCUGGCUGACUACCAUCCUACUGCUGGUCGUACACCUACUGAUGCUGCAGACCAAGGCGCCCAUGUCCGCCCUGCCCUGGCCAUUCAUUGAGUUCUGCUAUCACGCGGGAGUGACCCUGAUGUACUUCAUCGCUGCCUGUGUGGUGGCCGCCACUACCGGCAACAGGUCCACGCUCUGGGCAGCGUGGUACAACAGCACCUACAGCGCCGCUUCGGCGUUCAGCUUCUUCACGACCAUCGCGUACGGUAUUGACACCUACCUGUCCUUCCAGGCCUGGCGGGAAGAGCCCCCGGUCAACCGCAAUUUUACCCCGGACCCUCCCGCCCAGCCUGCCGCAGUGUAGUCACCUAAUCUCCAAGCAUAUCCUACGGUAGCAUAAGAUAGUAUCAAAAGAUACCAGAGGAGUGAAGCCGGCCUAGGAGUGAGUUUGGCUACUGGAGUGGCUGAUGACUCCGUUAGGCCAGCUGUACUCCUUAGCCCAGCUUUGAUACUAUCUUAUGCCACUGGUAAAUUUGCAUGAAGAUUAGUCAUUCAUAGAGGAUGAUAUAGUAUAUGUAUCCAUCUAAGUAUGCCUUACGAUACACAUUCCAAAAUACACAUCCUAGAUAAGUAAAUUGCUAUCUGUGAGCAUAUUAUCAUUAUGCCUUUGGUAAUGCAGCAAUUGGAUACAUUUGAUCAGUAAAUGAUUUCAUGAAUUGUUUGACUUUUGUAUCAUCCGUACAACUUUUUAAAAUUGUUAAAUUUUUCUAAAGAACUGUAGAUGCACGGGUAGCUUUUGUACGUCUGAUUUGUUUUAUAAGUAUUGGCUGAAUUGAGCUCUAAGAAGACAAUAUCGUUAGCGGUGUGGGGGGGGGGGAAUAGAUUGAAUAAAGAUAUGUUAACGAAUUGUAGAAUUACUAAUUGCAAUCUUAAUGGUGACUUGGGAGCUCAAAACGCUCAGAGGAAAUAAUUUUAAAAGCCUGUAUGGACAACAGAUGUGCACUUGUUGACAGUACAGUAUGUAAAAUGUUUACACCAAGACAUAGUGGUACUAAUAGCAGAUAGAUUGUUAAGUCAAGUUUGCAUCAUUUGUGUAGUCUUAAUCUCUUGGUAUGUUUUGUUGCUAUAUUGCUGUAUAUGCGGGUGUUUGAUUGUUAGAAUUUUAUAGUUACUGUAAUGCUAUUUAACAUUUCAUCUCGAACAUGUAACGUUAGAGAUAAAAUAUUGUUUCAAAGUUAGUAAAUUAAAGAUAACUAGUUGGUAUACGAGGUCAACAUUGUUAAUUAUCAACAAUGGUUGAUUUGUGUAUGCGUCUUUAAUAUUAAGACAAUAAGUGACGUCAGCAACUUUUAUGAAUUCGAGCACAAUAGGAUGGGGUAGUGGUUAAAGUAAGUGUAUUUAUUUGUCGACACUUUUAACUUGUUUUCUAAAACAACUUUCUAAACAAAUAAUUGAACUACCAAGGAGGUUAAAAAGGGACUACCAAGUAAGUCGACUCCUUACUCCAAGACGUACGUGUAUAGCUAGAGACCAGUAUGCAUCUUUCUGAAAUGACGAUAUCUUGUCUCGCAUUUCCUACUACUUGCAAUUAAAAUGUUUUAUUGUGUAUCCUA